AUGGAUGGAGUAGGUGACAUUCUCAACGAGAACCAUGUUGCAGAGGAAGAAGAGGAGGAAGACGAGGAAUUGGAUGAAGAAAUGGAAGAUAUAGCGGGCAGAGGAGACGAGCAAGAACAGGACCAGGAAGACGAUGAACAGGACGAUCAAGAUGAUCAAGACGAUCAGGACGAUCAGGACGAUCAGGACGAUGAUUUAGAGCAAAGCCAGGAUCCUAACCAGGAUGAAGAUGAAGACAUGGAUGCGGAGGACGACGAAAACGACGAAAACGACGAUAAUGACGAAAACCCGAAUGAAGAAGACACCCAAGACGCCGCAGGCAACGGCGCACGUAAAGAUACAGAGGGAGCGCGGGACGGCAAUGGAACUCUCGACGGGCGCAGCUCGGAAAUUGCAAAGGAGAAAUCUUCCCGUGGUCCCUCCGCGUUCGAGAAGAUCCAUCAAUAUUACACACAACUCCACAACUCGGCGAAACUUGCAGACGUAUACUCAAUCUACCCAACAGCAGCUAUCCCCAUCCAGACUCAUGUACACAGCAUGGCAAUGUCGAAAGGACUAAAGUACCUAUUUCUUGGCGGACAAGAUGGUUAUGUAAGGAAAUUCGAUUUUCUCAACACAAUCGAGGGAAAGCUGUCCCUCACAAUUCUACAAAAACACUCUUUGGUUGAAUCUAUAUCGAAUGCAGGGAUACUACUUUCUUACUGGGAAAACGAGGUACCGCAGCAGCGCAAUAGUCUGAAGCUGUCCAAAACGGGGAAGGAAUAUGAGCCGGCAGUAUCGCCAGUGCACGCCAUUGAUGUUCAGAGCGAAUGCCUUUUUCUUCUAAGUGGGCUCGAAAACGGAGGUAUCACAAUGCAAGGGUGUCGCUAUAUGGAGGGCCAUAUAGCACACUAUUUUCAGAAACACACGAGUACCGUUAAUCAGUUGAAAAUCAACAAUGAUGAGAGCAAGUUUAUCAGCGGUGGUUGGGAUAAGCAAAUCUUGGAGUGGGACUUGAACUCGGGUCAGUGUGUCAAUGAAUUUCGAGGCUCUACCGCACAAAUAUCUUCUUUGGAAUUUAGACCGUUAUAUUCAACUGUAGUAAUCGACAGUGCAACAAACAAAGAAGAUAGUGCUGGAGGAGAGGACUCUCAAAUUAAGAGAGACGAUGAUGAUCUCGACUCGCUUUUUGGCGAUGAAGAAGAAGAGGAGAAGCGCAGAGCCCAAGAAAGCGCGCAGGAACCUGCCAGGCCGGAAGACGGACCAAAAAGUCAACCGCUUUCCAAAGACGAGAUAUCUCAAACAACACUGAGGACUGUUUACGAUGAGAAUACCUUUUUGGCCUCGUGCACCAACGGUUCUGUUCAAGUUUGGGACCGCCGUAUUUCAACAAAACCUGCUCUAAAUUUGAUACGUGGAAAUCAAGUACCUCCGUGGUGCAUGUCGGCAUGCUGGUCUACGGAUGGUGAUCGUAUAUAUGCGGGAAGAAGAAAUGCUGUAGUCGAAGAAUACGACUUGAAAAUGGGGUUGAAUCCAUCUAAAACCUUAAAAUUCCCCAGCAUAUCAGGUCCUGUCUCCUGUGUCCGGGCAAUGCCUAACAAUAAACAUGUUCUAUGCGCCUCUUACGAUAACGUAAGAAUAUAUGACGUGUCUCAGUACGGAUCCAGCAAAGUGCCGUUCCUGAUCGUUCCGGGGCAUCAUGGAGGUAUGAUAUCGAACCUUUACGUUGAUCCAACUUGCCGCUUUCUAAUCAGCACCAGCGGUGACAGAGGCUGGCAGGGUAUAUCUACCGACGCUACGUUGAUAUAUGACAUAGAUGUAGAAUAG